CGAAUAUUUUACCUCUCCUUUUCCUCCCUUCUGUCCUCUCUAACCGUUUCACUUACUCCUCUCCAGAUCCUUAUUCCUUGUAUUCCUUCUUUAUUUUCUAGCUCAGUUGGUAGCAGCCGCGAUGUCACUGCAGUUCUGCCAUCUACAAUUAUCUUCACGCACCACCCACUGCACACUGGCCAGUUCGCAUUGAAGACAGUAAACACUUGGCCGUAUUUGACCAUCGGUGCCUGCGAAGUAUUACUCACCAUUGAUGGGAACACUGGGUGCGCAAUCCUGUGCGCCAGCUGGUUUUUGGCAAGAUAGCUUCUGGUGCAUCUCUCGAGUUUUCGAUCAAACUUAUUCCCUUGCGCUAGCAAGGCCAUGUCCUCCGUAUGCCCGUUGAUUGGCUUCCUCGGCCUCGGGACAGUUCACACCAAUGGUUGAAGACCGUGUCAGACAUGGCACAGUCACGAAAACUAAAUUUGCUUCUACCCGCACUAGAACCACUGCAAACAGCAGAAGAAAUAUUCCUGACUUUUUACUAUGGAGAGUAAACUUGAUGAUCAUGUGUCUAUGGUGUUUUCGCAGCCUAAUAUCACUGCCGUGCAAUGCAUCAGCCUGGAUGGCCUCUGUCUGACUUCUCGUGGCUCUACAAAUGACCUCACCUGCGGUCUUUUGAGCAGUGUUUACAAGCACGCACAGUGGAAAGACGAUGAGACCGAAUCUCCUGUGGUAGUGAUCGAACAAGACUCUGGUCGCUCCCUAGCGGUCGCGAAAUAGUGUCCUCCUGCGUUAUUCGCCUCUAAAGCUUUGGAUUUAUUCUCAGAGACCUACGUGCUAUCAUUCGAUUUGGCCCCGCGAGCUCCCACCACUGUUCAUCUACUGGAUCUAUCAUUCGCGGAUAAUCAGCAAACUGUGCUCUUGCAAUUUCGAAGUCAACCGUAUUUGAACCUUAUCGAAAGAUUUAUUUUCCCUCUCGUCGCACAAGAACUCUUGUCGUCUUAUUUUAAAGAUCUUUUUGAGAGUCACCCGAUCAGCUUACUACCAUUCCUUCAAGUCGCUGUAUAAGGCUAUAAUUGUCAAUUUGGUCCACCCUUGG